CUAAUUCAAACUGGCAGCUCAAGGGAUAGAGAGAGAUAGCAGCGACGGCGAUGAUGGCGGUUGACAACGGCAUUCCGACGACAAUAGAGAAGGCCAAUGGUGAAGGGGGUGAGUUGGAGGAAGGGGAAAUCGUAGGAAAUUCUGCGAUGGGGGAAGCGGAGCCGCGGCAGGGAGCGGAGGGCGAGGAUGAGGACGGCGACGCCGGCGAGCAAGAUGACUGUGGAUCACAGAGGAAGCAGGUCGAGAUCCACCCGUUAGAGCAUUCCUGGACUUUCUGGUUUGAUAAUCACGUCGGCAAAUCAAAGCAGGUCGCGUGGGGCAGCACCAUCCGAGCUGUCUACACCUUCUCCACCGCUGAGGAUUUCUGGGGUGUCUACAACAAUAUAAACCAUCCAAACAAGUUGCCUAUUGGAGCAGACUUCCAUUGUUUCAAACUAGGAAUAGAGCCGAAGUGGGAGGACCCUAUCUGUGCGAAUGGAGGAAAAUGGACCCUAAGUUGCUCAAAAGGAAAAGUUGAUAAUUUGUGGUUAAACACUUUAUUGGCUAUGAUUGGUGAGCAAUUUGACCAUGGUGAUGAGAUAUGUGGAGCAGUUGUGAAUUUACGAGCAAAGCAGGAGAAAAUUUCUAUCUGGACAAAGGAUGGCCUGAAUGAAGCAGCUCAGACGAGCAUUGGGAGGCAAUGGAAGGAGCACUUGGACUACAAUGAACCUAUCGGAUUUAUACUUCAUGACGAUGCAAAAAAGCAAGAUAGAUUCGCCAAAAGUAGAUACACUGUCUGAAGUCCACAGGUUUAGCUAUCACCUUUACUUCAUCUUAUUGGAGAAGUCUCUUAACACUGGCUAGUGGAAGAUGAACAUUGUUCUUAAUCAUUCGAUUAAUUUUAUUAGAGAGCGUAGCUAUCUUCGAGGUAGAUGUUUAUCUUUUGGCAUGAACUAGCACUUUUAUUUGGUUAAGUGAACUGUUGAUCUUUUAAAUUUGUCAACGCACAUACCAUGCAACGAUCACUAUAUUAUAUUUCAAGCUUGAUGAUAUUUUCGUUUGUUCUCAA